AUGUCUCGUGAAAGCCUUCUUCUCUCUUCCGCUGAGAAACCAAAUCCUUCUAAAGAAACUCUUCCCUCUUCUUCUUCCUCUUCAGCGUUAGGAAAAAACGGAAUGCCGACUCGCAAACUCGAAAUCACGGCCAUAUCAGCGGAAGGUCUCCUCGACGGCAGAAAACCGGUGAAGAAGAACGUCUUCGUAGCCUUCGAAAUCGCCGAGAAUCAAUGCAACGGGGCGAUUGUGAGAACGAGGGUGGACGAGGUGGGUGGGGAUUAUCCGGUGUGGGAAGAUAAGCUAGAGAUGGAGUUCUCGUUACCUUCCUCGUCGGAGAAGAAGAAGAAAGAGAGUUUCAUGUACGUUAGGGUUUGUCGACAGGUCUCUGGCGGCGGGGGCUCGGGGAAAGAUAAGCACGUGGGGACGGCACGUGUGCCUGUGAAGGAUUUUAUGGGAGGAUAUGCGCCUGAGGGUUUCUUGCAUUGUUUGAGUUACAGGUUGUGGGAUGAAUACGGGAAGAGGAACGGUGUUGUUAAUUUCUCGGCGAGGAUCGUGACGGAUAAAAAGGGCGGUGGUGAGCGUUCGUUUUGGUUGAGGUAG